AUGGAUUCACUUGUGUCACAUCUAGAUACCCUCGUCACUAACAAAGACCUCGCCCCGUUCCUGGCUUUGGCAAAGGCGGUCCGCAAUGGUGCAGUAUACGGCGCGAAAGUGCGCUUUCCGCACGCUCUGGUUAUGAUCUUCCUUUUCCGUUCGGGAACCAUCCGGGAGAAAACCAAGCUGGUCCUGAAAGCCACCCGACAACACGCCCGGAACCUAGCGACGUUCGCGUUCAUAUACAAGGCCACGAUGCUGGUCCUUCGGAAUCUCAAUCCUGCGGGGACAAGUAAAGAGGGACGGUAUGACAGCUUUUUCGCUGGUCUGCUUGGAGGAUACGCCGUGUUUGGUCGGAGAAAGACCAGUGUCUCCCAACAGAUUGUCAUCUACGUGUUUGCUCGCGUGGUGCUCGGAUUCGCUAAGCUCGCUGUCCGACCUAACAUGCACCCUCUCUCUGGCUUCAUUACGCCCGAAGCUCGGGCCGAGAUUGAGAAGAAUGCCUGGCCGGCCUUUGCCAGUCUCAGCUGGGCCUUCGUCAUGUAUCUCUUCCGCUGGUAUCCGGACACCCUCAUGUCUAGUCUCCGGAGCAGCAUGGUGUAUAUGUAUGUGUUUACUCUUGUCCUGCGUACUGGAUUACUGGACGAUGGUUGGCUAAUUGCUCAUCUAGCUACUCCGACUGUGAUCACUGGGACUCAUUCCGCAACUUCAUGA